AUGCUUCUUGGGUCCAUCUGCCGUUUCACGCGGCUGGCAGCCUUUGCUGCUGUCGCCACUGUGGUUUGCCCGUCGCCUCUGUUUUCGCUUGCGGCCACCGAGGAAACAACUCCAUUUAAAGCCCCGGAGGAAAGUACCGACAGUUCACACGUCAUUGGUUUCAUAACGCUUGACCAGCUGAUCUCGUCCCUAAAGGACGUCUCUCUGCGGCAGUCCUUCCUCGAAGCGCUGCCAACGCAGUGGGCACUCCCGAAGUUUUCUGCGUCCUCGACAUCUGAGCUUGACCAACUGCAAGCAUGGACCAAAAACAUUCGCACCCGUAUUCUUCCAGCUCUUCCUCUGGGAGAAUCAAUCUCGAACGUUACGGCUGAGAUCUCAAGCCGAACCCUAACAGUUCCAGACGUGCUCAACGGUCUGCUUCAUAAUGCAGGCACAGACAAAGAAGGACUUUUCUCCACGGUUUUCGGUGGUGACACUCAAACGAGUCUACCCCCUAUUCUUAAAGAAUUCACCACUGCACUUCCACUGCACCGUGGUGUUCAAGAAGAGGGCGGAAGCGCUUCGCCGUCUCUGAGCCCAGUUGAGGACGCUCUUCGAUGGUUGCCCAGCUUGGAUCUUUUGAACACAGGGCGACUCUCCCAGAUUUUCGCAAUCCCAUCUGAGCUCGCUUGGCCGAUCAGUCGACAGCGGCUCGAGCUUCUUCUUCCUGUUCUCACGCGCUCCACAGGAGAAGGGCAAAACUCACUGGCAGGACUGCAGUUCAAGGACUUCGAUGGCCUUUCGGCGCUCCGUGUGCAUCUGAAAGAUCUGCUAGUCCCACUAUCCCAAGCGGAUGGAAGUCUCCUAUUCGCGAAUCUUACUGAUGUGCUGCCAGACUUCCAGCUGCCCGCCACCAUCGACAUUCUACCCCUGGCUACACUUGAAAACAAAGAGUUGGGAUCGGUAGACUCCCUGUGGAGCUCUGUAAAGGGAACCAUGCUUUCCAGAAUGGCAGUCCUUGGAGGCGAAACCCCUUUCCUGGUCGGACCUGUGCUCAACCUCAACAGCCUUCCGAAGUUGCAGCUGGCCUCCUCCUCACUUAUGCAGCGUCUCUCUGAGCAAGGGAUGCCGCUCAAACUUAACACAACACUGGACGGCACGUCUGAUGUAAUAGCUUCUGUUCUGGAAACACUGGAUUCUGGCAUGCCUCUUGAUGACCGCAUGAAGGAUCUCUUUUCCUCUCGGGCCACUCGCCUGCACGAUGCAAUUGUGUCACCGGUCGAAGCCCUCCUGAAGACAAGCGACGCAAAAGAAUCGACCCACUUAUCUGACAUGCUAGAGCAGUGGCGCGGAGCGUGGGAGAGAGUUUCUCCCCAGGACUUCCUCUCCGACCACUUCUUCGGCAUGAAACUGCCGCUCGUAGCAAUUCCUCGAGACAGCCUCCCCGGCCUGUUCACCUCCCUAAAGAGCUUGAGAGGCGGAUGCGGAGAAGCAGCAGGAGAGUCUGUGACCUCUUGUGCUCUGAACCUCCCGAGUCUGUCAGCGUUGCCUCUUGGUGCAGCUUUUGGAGAAGAAAGCUUGGAAGCCAUGUACAGCAGAGUUGAGGGCCUUUCGGAGCAACUGCGAACGGCUGUGGAACAGCUGCAGGGACGCAUCAUGCGCAACCUUCCCAUCACGGAACCGGCCAGCCGAGAGAAGCCAGCCACCAAGAGUACAGAAGGUGCGCCCAAAGAUGUUAUUGCACUUCGACAGGCCAUGGAUGCGACUGUAAAACUGGCGGAUACUAUGACUGCUGCCCUGCAGUUCACUAAAAAAGAGGUGAGGGCACUCCAGCUGUUCAACGUCCCCCGUGAUGGCGGGCUGGCAGCCGGUGGCCUGCUAGACGAUCUUGGAGCUUCUGCAGCGCAGCUCUUAAAACACAGCGCGCCGGGCUCUCCUUCGCAGCUGCGAUCAUUCGUUGCGAACAUCCAAGGGAGUCCGCUCCUGGCAGUCCCCCGAAGCGUGUAUAACCAGCUCGUGAAGGCUGCUGCGGGUGAGCACGAACAACAACAGCAAACCACUACAAAUAAUGUGAGGAGGCGCAGACUGCAAGCUGCGAGCCAGAUGCCCGCCGCGACACCCGCCGUUUCUGCACCCAGCACUAGGGAGGACGGCUUGGUUUUGGUUGACCCUCUGAUAUUCGGCAACUUGCUCAACAAUUUGCGCGUGGUUGAUGCGGCCGGGCUUCGAGGCAAAUUGAAGGAGGUGCUUCCCCGAGCGGCCUCGGGGCCGUCUGGGGGAUCGGAGGAGGCUCGACCUCUGUUUCCUCUCCCACCGCUCGUCGAGGACUUGUUUGCCAACAAUUCCCUGUCCCUGCCGGCACUGACUUUCCCUACAUCCGACCUCUUGCGGACGGGAGUUUUUCCGACUCAGCUGCUCAAUGCUCCUCUCAGCCAGUGGGUGUCUUCCGCAGUCAUACCCACUGACUUUUCAGGCAGAACACUUCCAGAGCUGCUCGAUGUCCAAGCCGUCGCUGCUCAAAUGCAGGCGCUACCACUCGGUGAACUCCUGCCCGGUCUCCGCGCAGCUGCGUCUUCUAUCGGCAUGGAACUUCCUUCUUCACUUCUGGAGGACGGCAGCGGGCUGCUGGCACGGACCGUUGGAGAUCUUCAAAUAAACGCCCUCCUUCCGCCACAGCUUCUUCACAUUCCGCUUUCUCAGCUUGUUGACGGAAGCGGUGUCGUAGGACGGGAGAUCCUCGACUUGCCUCUGGGCAGCAUUCUUGCCGGAGGUGAAGCAGCAACGUCCCUGCUCGCGCAGCCUUUUGCUGACGUGCUUGGGCUUCGGACUGUUCUUGAAUCUCUUGCUACUCAACCGUCGACACCUCUGAAAAUAGAGCUGCCCGAGCUGGGCCGCGCCACAGGGGGUGUGUCUGCUGCACAGGCACACCUUGCUCAGCUGCUAUCUGCGGGAGGCCUCCCAGGAGGAGCUGUUGCGCUUCCCGCAGUCUCUGGCGAGUGGCUCUCCUUGCCCAGCCUCGAAAAAAUCGUACCAGGAGGCGCCGCCGGGGGAAUCGUGGGAACUGUAGCGGGAAAGAUUGCCCCCGCCGCUGCCACCGCUGGAGGUUUCCUCUCAGGAAGGGCGGGAGCAAACGCGGCUGCUCCUGAUGCAGCGGCAGGCGUGCGUGGGAAGCGCCUCCCGAUGGGUGAUGCCCUCAAGAAUUUCUCUGCUCUAACUGGCCUCCCGCUCGGCAAUGACUUGUUUUUCUAA